AUGAUGGGCGUCCUACAAUCCCUUAGCGUGCAGGAGCUGCUAUCAAAUCUACCGCCGGUCCUAUCCUGGAAGACGCUGGCCCUGGUGCUAGCAGUGAUUAAUAUCAAGAACCUUCCCUUUGUAUGGCAUAUCCGCAUCCUCCACCACCUCGUCUCCAACAUCCGCUGGAAAUCCGACUACCCCCAUUUCCCCCGCGGCAACCCCAUCGCCAACCACAGCGGGCAACCCACGCACCCAGCCUUCGCAACCUACGGCAUCACCUCCCGCGCCCCGAUCCUCGAAACAGACUACAACUUCCACAAGUCCAACAGCACCUACUUCUCGGACCUCGAUAUCGCGCGCACCGCGCUCGCUACCCGCCUCUAUACCCCAGGAUCAACCAUCGUCAGCAAAGAGCUCGACGAGGAGCUCCUCGCCGCGAGUCAGCGGGAAGGGAAACCCGCUCCCACACGCAAGGCGAUCUACAUCGCGCUGGGGUCCGUGUUCUGUAGCUUCAAGCGCGAGAUCAAGCCCUUUGAGCGGUACGAGAUCGAGUCGCGGCUUGUCGCGUGGGAUCAGAAGUGGAUGUAUAUCCUGACGUUCUUUUUGCGGCCCGCGAAGACGAAGGGCGGGAAGCGGACGCUGCUUGCGUCUGCGUUGAGUAAGUACGUUAUUAAGAAGGGGCGGUUGACGGUUUCGCCCGAGCGGGUUAUGCGUGCGAGUGGUUUCUUGCCGCUCCGGCCGGAGGGUGUCGAGGUGUCUGCUGAGACGCCCGGGACGUCGUCUGGGGUGGGGACCCCGGCUGGGGAGGGUCUUGCGGCUAUGGCGUCGGGGGUGGAUGGGUCGUUGGUGCGCGAGGUGUUGAAGUUGGAGGAUGGUGUGUCGACGACGCCGCGCGAGACGCUGGAGGCGGAGCGGAAGACGAAUGUCGAGUCGUGGGAUGCGGAUGAGUGGCCGUGGGAGCGUAUUGAGCAGGAGAGAUUGCGCGGGUUGAAGCUGGUCGAGGGGUUUGCGAACACGGAUGCCUUGCUUCAUGAGGAGUAUGAACGGUAG